ACGUUCAACUAAUUUUUUUGUUGUGACACUAUUUUGUUUUAAUAACACAAAACGCAGAAUGCAAUUGUUUAUACUGAUAGGGCUGAUGUGCCUGAUCAACACGAUCCUGCCAGACUUUAUCAGAAACUACCUCAAAAUAUCACGCUUUUGGAAAAGUACAACAAAUGCUGCUGCACAGAUGCAACAAGAACUGGACGCGGCACGAGAGGAAUUGGACAAUGUGCAUAGUGCCCAGCAUUCUGGAGAAUAUGCCAGAAAAAUAAAAACAAUGCGUGCUGAGCGCAAAGUUGCUGACGUUGAGGCUAAAAUACAAAUGUCCAAAAAAAUGGAAGUGCUGAAGCAAUCGAGCAUCGAUACAGUGGCCUACUAUGCAUCGAAAGUGCUCUUCUCGUUUAUUGUGGUCAUUGUGUGCGCUCGCAAUCGCAAUUCGGCAGUGAUGAUCUUCGAUGAUAGUUUCAAUUUGGCGCCGCUGGGCGGUUUGCUAAGCUUUCCCACUGGCAUUUACAACGCCAUUUCCGUGCCCGCUUGGGCGUUCUCUUGUAAUUUUACCUUUAGUUUAUUGUACGGCCUGGUAAAAAAGUAAAUAUUUCAUGUAAAUGUUUAAAUGUAAAUGUUAAAGCGCUCGAUAUACUUAUGUAGUUUGCUUAGCUCUUCACAACCACCAUAUUAAUACCAAAUACAUAAACCACAAAUGUAUUUUCACACAAAUCAAGC